CAAAACCGGACCAGUCUGAGACAAGAACAAUGGCGAUCGAAACAUAUCGCCUAGUGAAAACAAACAACUGAGAAAUGCAAUUUUGAGUUAAGGUUACCACCACCAUAAUGGACCGGGAGUUGAUGUCGGUUGCAGGUGACAAUGUAGUACCAUGGCAACCUGAGCUGACAGAGCGGAAGACUGAGGCUGGUGAAGGUGUGUCCGGGACCCCCUUGACCCACAUUGCCACUGAGUCUAGGGAGUUGGCCCCUACCAGCCCACAGCUCCUGGAAGUGUGUGCAGAGGCCGUGGUGCAGGGAUCUCUUGCAGACCUGGACAGUGCCUCGGCUGUAACUGGUCAGGUCUGGGUCUCCCCAUCACCGGUUGUCAUGGAAACUAACAAUCACCCCAUCACACAUACUAGUUUUUCCCCAAUGGUGCAAGGCCCUGUGACUUACUGUGAUGACACAGUGGCAACCGAGGUACCCAACCUCCUCCCAUCAAGACCUGCAGGGGCCUACCUAGAGGAACCGGUUGACAUGGCAACCAACUUUCGCACCUACAUGAGCCACCUGUCUCAGCUGAGUCCCGACCAGGAUGGUUCCAGGCAACCCUUGUACAGCCCGAGUGCAGGGCCAAGCAGAAUGGGAACCGGUAAUAUGGUGGAAACGUGGCCAGAUGUUGAUAUGUAUUCUUCUGAAAGCGAUGGAGAAGAGUAUCUCUGUUCCAUGCCACAGCGCCGGCCACAUGUUCACGGGGAGGGGCGGGUUUGCAGCAUUCACGGACACGGGCAUGUGCGGCGUAACCCACACUUCCCCUAUGAGUCAUUCGGUACCCCUCGUGUGGCUUGGGGUGAGACACCCAGGGAGGCAUGGAGUGAGCAUGCUGAUGAACACCUGUAUGACUCUGCUAACCCUUAUGCAUUGUUCAAUCUGCCCAAAUCUCGACAGCGUGGAAAACGGAAGCAGAACAGUGGGGAGGUCUGCACAUGCAGUGUGAGGCCAAGAGAGCAGCCAUGUGCCGUCAAUGCUGAGACUGGUAUCCCACGGGGGCAGGGGUUUUGUGAGGGGGGGACUUCGCCGGUGCCCAUGGAAGACAGGGUCUCAUGCAAAUACAAGGAGGAUCGAGCAUUUCAUAGCAGUCACGAGAGUGCUGCAGAGCCUGGUAUCAGCUCUGGUCUGAUCGGAAGCAGUGGCGGGCUGGCACACUCCAGAUCUUUGCCUAUCUUUUCCUCGCAGGAAAGCAUGGACACAAUGAGUGAAACUGGUGAAUCGUCAGACACUGAUGUUGACCCGAUGUCUGUAAGUCGAGGGACUUUAUCAAACAACAUUUCUUCAGCGGCUGCAUCGGGCUGCAGUAACGCUGCCAGGUGCUCUAAGUGUCGUUCAGGUUGUGUACAUCAGGGCGCAGACAGCCUGUAUUCCAAGCAACAUAAAGCCCAUGGCUUAGGCUCCCGAAACCAUGAGCAUUCCGGGGUCGUCCGCCCAAAGGCCAUAAAGCUAGAAUCAGGGAGACGGUAUAAAACCCGCGACACUUGCUAUUGCGACCGAGAAAAUGUGAAUGCAGGACGGGCCGGCACUGGAUGCUGCAAGCACUUGCACAGAUCUCACCCUACCUCAGCAGGAUCAAUCAACACACGAGCCAAACACAUUGGUGCCAGAACCGCACCAGAUCAUCAUCCGGGACUUGAGCCGGAAGCAACUGAGGAGACCCGGACAGUUACCCCGGGGUCCCAUAGACACUCUGCUUCCUCAUCAGCCUCUCCGGCCAGCCGGAAAUCUCUGAAAGACAUUCACAAUUCUGUGAUAAAACAGCGCCUGUUCAAUCAGCCCUCUAGAACAGAGCAGAUUGAUCUCACCGGGGGCGAUGCAGACAGUGGUCACCAUGGUGAUGAAAGUGGGACGGUGUCCCCGGUAAUGCCUGAAGUCCACCUUCCGUCUGAUGACAGUGAUAUAGAGGUCGUGAAAAUAGACAGACCCAUUCGAAGGCGUCCUGAUCCAACUAACAGAACCACUGUGGUGGUAGACCUUACAGAGUCAGAAGACUUUGAAGACCAGAGGAUAACCCGAGCUGAUCACCAUGCCAACCCACCUACUGUUACGCCCCAAGUCUCGGACACAGCCCCAGUAAGAACCUGUGUGGAGCGCGAGCCAGUGAUUACGAGUUCUCAGUCCGCAAAGCCGGUUCCCAACCGGUCGUCAUGGUCCCCGCCCACACCUGUUGCUGUGAAAACUAAGCCUAGAGAACAGGAUCCGACUGCCCCCAACAGAUCUGCUGCCUGCCAACAUUAUUCAGCAGUGAAUGAGGCUGUAUGUGCAAGGCACGUACACCAAGGCAGCUGUGGAGAGCGUUCCCACUGUAACAUUGGCAACCCCCCGGGGGUGGGGCCAGACCCCGUACAACCGUGUCACAGUCACGCCCACACACACCCGGGCCAUCACACCGAGCAUGUGCAUGGUCGCCGUGACCAUGUGCAUAGCCACCACAGAGACACGUUGCACAGGAAUCACGUCCCUCAUGACCAUGGUUACCAUGGCAACUGGGCCCCUGGGUACCCCGUCCCCUCACACCCGCUACCUCAACGUGGCAACCAGACACCUAGCAACCAGGCCACUUGCUCAUGUUGUGUUCGUGGUGCGGGUCACAGUCACAGCUACCACAUGCCCCCAACUCCUUCCCGCGGCCCCAUGCCCCCUCACGUGACCCAUGUCCAGUCCUCAAUGCCUGCCCCACCUCACCCACAGCGGGCACACAUUCACCACCACCACUACCAUCCCGCCCCCUUUCAUGUGCCACCCUCCCCGUUUCCACCGGUGACGGCCAUGGCCCACUCGGGACGUCAGCUGGUGCGGCCAAUGCAUCCGGUUCCCCCGCAGGACACACGCAUGCUGGACUUCAUGAGGGCACAGAUGCAGCAUGCUCAGCUUGUGCAGGGAUCCAAUCUACUGCAGAUCCCCCCUCACACGAUGGUAGAGGCCCCAGUGCACCUGCAGCACGCCCAGAGUGCCUGUAACCUGGAUACGGCUCCUCGUCUCCAUGGCAACAUGCAGACUCCAACCUCCAACCCUCACACACAGAAUGUCACUGGGUCUGGACAGCAUCAGCACCUCCACCACCACCUGCACCACUACCACCACGCCAGCGUCCCCCGCCUACACCACUUCACGGCAGCCCUGCCCCCUGGCAUGCACUAUGGCAUGUCCCUCAUGCGUCCAUUCCCGGAUUUCCCGGCCAUGCCUGACUUCACACCACUUCCACCGCCUCACUCCUUUGGCAUGCUGCCAAGGAACAUGCAGAUGAGGAUCCAGCUGGGACGGAUGAUGUUCAACCCUCAUAGACCUCCCACUUAUGAGGAGCUACUGCACCUUGAGGAGAGACUCGGGAACGUGAACCGCGGGGCCAGCCAGGACACCAUUGAGCAAUACACUCUGCCACACAAGUACAAAAAGGUGAAGCGACUAAACGAAGAUGACAAUGACAACAACCACAUGGAGAAAUGCACAAUCUGUCUGUGUGAGUUUGAGGAUGGGGAGGAUGUCAGACGCCUACCGUGCAUGCACCUGUUCCACAUCGUGUGUGUUGACCAGUGGCUGGGAAUGAACAAGAAGUGCCCCAUUUGUCGCGUGGACAUCGAAGUUGGAAGCAAGGAGCAGCCCCUGCCUGAGGGCGUGGCCUGUUGACCCCUCCCACCCUGCCCAUAGCGCAUCUGGCUAUAACCAAGAGCCUUCCAGUGACUUGCAUGGUCAGAUAUGUCUGUUACAAAGAGCCUGACAGUGACCUGUUUUGGUGGAUGUGUCUGAAACCAAGUUCCUCCUGAGUGUUUCAAUAAGCCUAAGGCUAUUGAUGCAAUCUAGCUAAAAUAUACAUGUGUCUUGUUCUGAGAAAUCUGGGCAUAAUGCAUGUGCGUAAAGUGUCGUCCCAGAUUAGCCUGUGCAGUCCGCACAGGCUAAUCAGGGACGACACUUUCUGCUUAAACUUGAUUUUCGGUAAAAAGGGACUUCCUUCAAACUAAAAAUACCAUAAAAGCGGAAAGCGUCGUCCCUGAUUAGCCUGUGUGGACUGCACAGGCUAAUCUGGGACGACACUUUACGCACAAGCAUUAAGCCCAGUUUUCUCAGAACAAGACACAUAUGUUUUAACUAAGUUCCUUUGAAGUGAUAUUUUUUACAGUAAUGGCUUCCAAUAAUCAAGUGUCUGUCCGAUAUCUUUUAUACAGUUACGCCUUUCUGUAAUUAAGUUCCUUUAAAGUAAUUUUUUGGUAGAGUUAAAACUUUCUGUAUACAAGUUCCUUUGAAGCGAUAUUUGGUAAAGUUAAAACUUUCUGUAGCCAAGUUCCUUUGAAGCGAUCUUUGGUAGAAUAAAACUUUUCUGUAACCAAGUUCCUUUGAAGUGUUAUUUGGUACAGAUCAGACUUUCUGUAACUUUGUUCGUAGCGUUAACAUUUGUUUACAAGUCUGCAUCUAACAAUGUUCUGUUUAGUGAUCUCCAGUGUUUUUACUGAAUGUGGCAUUUUGUAUUUUAAUGAAUUAUGGUAUAAAGCAUUUUUUUCAAGAGAAGAACUAAACUAGCUCAGUGGUUGUUAAAGAAAAAAUUGUCUGAUGACUCCAGAUAUUUGUUAGUGUUCAUGUUAUUAAGUGUUAGUCAUUAUUUAUAUAACUGGAGUUAAGUAGUAUUUACACAUAUUGUUCUGUAUUGUUCAUAUAUUUAAGAAUGUAUAGUUUCCCGAGAAUUUCACUCCAAUCAUGUCUGUUUUAUAGAUAUUUUUGCUGUUUUAUACAGAAUUAGUUAAAGUUUGUCUGUGGGCAAUGCAUGUAAUGUAAAAUCAUGACACUUUAAAACCUAAAACCUAGUCUGUUUACACAAUUUCUUGAAGAAAACAACACAUAUACAAAAUAUAAGUGUUUAUUUAAUUUUUUGAAAUUCUGUAGAAAAUGUGUUGUUCAUCAUGUCUAUUGUAAAUUGUGUAUAAACCAUUUUAAAUACUGUUCUCACCACAUUCAUGUUCAUGGUUAAAUCUAGUUUUGCAAUUUUAUCUGUGAACUAUGGGGAGACUGGUAUAUAGGACAAUACGGAUACACGUAGUUUAAGUGAGCUUGUACACAUCUUGUUUUGAUUUCAAGUAACAGUAUUUCUUAUAGUUUUCUUAUAGUUUUUUUGUCAUUUUCAUAUAAAGUUUUCCUUAAAAAGGUCCCGGAUUUGGUAGUUUUCUAUGUAUGCUUUCAUAGUCUGGGUUGUUUUCUUUCAUAAUUGUAGACUGUUCUUUAAGCUUUUUAUAAACAUUUUGCCUUGAGAGUCUUUUCGUGCUAGACAAGUGAUCUUAUAUAUAAUUGUAGUCUUUAAAUUGGUAUAUAUCCCUGGACAGUUUGCUCUAGUGUUUCGGGACAGGCUUCUGACAAAUUUUGGAUAGUUUAGUUCAUUAGUUUUAUGUUUCUUACAAUUUAUGGAUUUUUAUGCUCCCCAAAAAUUUAUUUUGGGGGGAGCAUAUAGUCGCCGCUUCGUCUGUCCGUGUGUGCGUCUGUCUGUCUGUCCGUGCACAAUUUUUGUCCGGGCUAUUUCUCAGCAACUAAUGACCGGAAUUCAAUGAAACUUUAUGGGAAGCUUCACUACCAAAAGGAGAUGUGCAUAUUAUCAGCGGGUUCUGGUCGGAUGAUUUUUCACAGAGUUAUGGCCCUUUGAAAUUUUCUAUAAAAAAAUUAAUGUCCCCCCAACUUCUGUGCCCUCAAGACAUUUCCUUUUAUCUGAAUAUAUAGUGCAAUAUUGUGACAAAAAAAAACUUUGGGUAGCAUCACCCGUCUCCGACAGAUUCUUGUUUUCAUUAGUUUUGAAUGUUUUUUUUACAUAAUUGUGUAAAAUGUCAUUUAGGCUUGGAGAGUUGUUUGUGUCUUAGUGGUUUCCAAAUGUGCUGUUCACACACAUCUAGACGCUGUUUUUCAAGUUGGUUUGCUCACCAUUCAGUAUGAAGUAACAAUUUGCAUUAUGUAUACAAUUCAUAAAAGGUGGUUAAAGUAUUUUUGUCCAUUGGUUUGAAUUAACUGGUUGAGUGGUUGCUUUUUAUGUCCCCCACCACUAUAAUGGGGAACAUAUUGUUUUUGCCCUGUCUGUUGCUUUGUUUGUUUGUGCAAACUUUAACAUUUGCCAUAACUUUUGCAAUAUUGAAGAUAGCAACUUCAUAUUUGACAUGCAUGCGUAUCUCAUGGAGCUGCACAUUUUGAGUGGUGAAACGUCAAGGUCAAGGUCAUCCUUAAAUGUCAAAGAUCAAAUAAAUGAGUCAAAAUUGCUUAUUUCAUGUACACUUUUGCAAUAUUGAAGAUAGCAACUUGAUAUUUGUCAUGCAUGUGUAUUUCAUAGAGCUGCACAUUUUGAGUGGUGAAAGGUCAAGGUCAUCCUUCAAGGUCAAAGGUUAAAUAUAUGGGGACAUAGUGUUUCACAAACACAGCUCGUGUUUUUUCUCAGAAAUGUAUAAUCAGUUGUAAUACGGCAAAAUUGUAUAAUAUUUGCUCCUGUUAACAAUGUCAUUGGAUUGUAAAUCUAUGAUAUUACACUGAAAUAUAAGUGUAAACCAACGAUGUUACACUGUAACAGGAAUGUUAACUUAUGAUGAUACCUGGUGAAAUAAGUGUAAACCUAUGAGGUAACACUGUAAAAGGGGUGUAAACCUAUAAGGUAACGCUGUAAAAUGGGUGUAAAUCUAUGAGUUAACACUGUAAAAGGGGUGUAAACCUUUGGUGUUACGCGGGAUUAGCAGUGUUAGCCUGUGAGAAUUCACUGUAUAAUGAGUGUAAACAAACAAUUUUACACUGUAAAAGGAUUGUAAACCUAUGAGGUUACUCUGUUAUUAGAGUGGAAACCUUUGCUCUAACACUGUAAUAGUAGUGUAAACCUUUGCUCUUACACUGUUAUGAGAGUAUACGCUUUUACUCUAACACUGUUAUAGUAGUGUAAACCUUUGCUCUUACACUGUUAUGAGAGUGUAAACCUUUGCUCUUACACUGUAAUAGUAGUGUUAACCUUUGCUCUUACAGUUAUGAGAGUGAAACGCUUUCUCUUACACUGUAAUAGAAGUGAAAACCUUUGCUCUUACGCUGUAAUAGUGAUGACUGAGUGCUAGGAAUACGGGUAUGCAUUUUCCAACAAUUCACUGCAAGUAAAGUAAAGAAGGUGUCUUACUGUAGAAUAUUGCUUGCUUAUAGGAUUCAACUUGUUCGAUUUAUAUGUGACACUGUUAGGCCCAAUACAAAGUAGAAGUCUAUGCUUAUUAUCCUUAAUUAUAUGCAUUAGAAUAAGACAUUCCUUGGAUUUGCAUUUAAUUGAUUGUUUGAAAUUAUCACCAGACUGGUCCUGUUCCCCUUUGACCCUUUUAUGAUACAAGGUCUUUCCAUAAUAAAGGUCUGUGUGAACAUGAUACUGCAUGGAGCUGUCUUACUGCAGUAUUCUCUCGGUGUGUUUGUAGAUAGUGAUGGAAUUCUGUGUUAGGUAUCUAUAACCUUUUGGGUGGCUGUACAUGCAGCUGUGUGGAUUAAUGGUAUCUUUACUAGCUUGUAGUGAGUGUUAUAAUCAUGAAAUAUGUGUAUUCAUUUUUGUCUCAAAAUGUAAUUAAAUCAGUGUAAAUUUCAUGAAAUAAGACAGACGUGUUUAAGUUUUCAAGUUGCUUGGUAAAUAUUUUAAAUAAGCUUAAUAAAAUUGGGUUAUGUCAUAGUCUUAUCCUGUCACAUGCCUUUAAAUCAGUCAUAUAACAAGGUAACCUAAUAACCCAAAAGAUAUUAGGCUAGUUGACCACGUGACCUAGAAUAUCCGUCAGUUGCUCUUCGCGCAUGGGCAUGCCUUUACUAUUUUCUAUUAAUAAAAUAUACUUUUUUCUAUUAAAAAAAUUCCAAAUACAUGUAAAGUAUUGUUUGUUUAAACAUUAUUAUUUAAACAGCAUAAUUUCGUCUUUGUGUAUUGAAUUGAUAACGAUUAACUCGAUUUCUGUGUUGUUUAAUAAGAUGGAAGCUAGCCUAAGCGCUUUGCAUGACGUGACGUCACAAUGAUUAUGUUCGCGCGUGGUUUUUCCCAUAUUAAAUAUUUUAAACACAAAAUACUCGGAAACUAAAUAUUUUAGAAACAUUUCAACAAAUGUUGUAAAUGUGACAGGAUAAAUAGAUAUAUAAUAGGUUCGGCUCACCGGAUAAAUUCCUCCUUGCCAGAUAACCAUUCUCCAUCCACAUCACCAACCUAUUAUUCUCUAUUUAUACGAUUUAGUGUUUGUUGCUUUGCUAGAUAAGAAGAAAUAAUAUUUAUUUUUAUAUAAAUUACAUUGUAUCAUGUUGUCUUUUAUGUAAUUUGUAAUCCUGAAGCCAAAAUUAGUCAUCAAGAUAUGUUGAAAAAAGGGGGAUAGCCCAACCUGGCUUUCUAUAAAGGAGUUGAUACAUUGCUUUUAGUAAUAACAUGUGUUUAAAUAUGUGUGCAAUUUUUCUUGUAUUGAUUUACAUCUGGUAAAAAGUACACAUCUAUAAUCACCUUGUAGUAUUAUUUUAAUUAAUGAACCAGUCGGUACAUGCAUGCUUUCUGUAUAUUUUUCUUAAUUAUGUAUUAAUAAUAGCUAAUUAUUUUUGCACGUAAUUGUAUAAAGCAUAUUUUAACUUUUGUAUUAAUUAAUUAAAUAUUUAUAUUAAACAUAAAAAUGUUGAUGUUGGUGCAGAGCUUUUUUUGAAAGAUUUUUUUUUGUUUUGCCAUACACAUUUACAUUUUUCUGUAUCUUUGCAAAAUACCUGUAACUCUUAUGUUUUGGAAAUCCAAGAACAUAUUAUAUUGUAUGUAUCUUUUGGACUAAAUAUAUAGCAGUACUUUUACAAUUACAGAAAUGUGAAUGUUUAGUCAUUUGCUACAUCCUUUAUUAUUAUUUGCUGUUAACAUGACUGCAUUUUUUUUAAAUCAUCAUUUAGUCAAGGAAAUGUUAAUAAACUUUCCAGGUACUAGUAUUUCAAAUCACAAAAACUGUACUUUCUUUCCUAUUUAUGUAUCUUCUCUUAUUUAGACAAACGCAAAUGUAUCGUUUGCGUUAAUUUAAAAAAAAAUUAAUACAAAUUGUGUUUUUUUGUAGACAUGUGGAUUGCAAUAUUUUAUUUACUGCAUUUCUUUCAUAGAUAUAUUUCUCCUCAUGAAAAAUUCUACUUUAGAUAGGGUAUUACUCACAUAUUGGUAUAAAAUUGUUUACAUAUCAUCUUAUAUUGAUUUUUAUUUGUGUACUAUCUGGGCCAAAACUAAAAUAUAUAUCAAGUUAUUUUUUUUAUAUAUACCCUGCAUGUGCAAAAUUGUUGCUUUGUGUGUACAUUUACUUUUGGCCCAAAUGGUAUGCCGUACAUUUCAAACACUUUAUGGAGGGUUCAGUUGAUCAUGGUUAACAGAGAGCUUCCGUUGUAGCUAGAAAAUGUGUGCUUUUCAUUUUGUAUUUGUUUAUAUCUGGAAUGUAGAGGAUUUAUCUUUAAGAUUAA